AUGGUGGUGCAGAAUGUUCGUCAGCAACUAGCUUCGUUCCCGUCCGAGCAGGGAGGCUUAGCUGAUAAUGCAACGACGGUGUACUGCGAGCUGUACAUCAGGAGUUUCGGAUCGAUAAGUCCGGUCACGAUGGACUACGAGGUGGACCUGUACCUGCGCCAGAAGUGGCAGGACGAGCGGCUGAAGCACGCCGAGAUCACCGAGGCGCUCGACCUCAACGACCCCAACCUGGUGAAGGCCAUCUGGAAGCCGGAGGUGUACUUCCCCAACGCCAAGCACGCCGAGUUCCAGUACGUGACGGUGCCCAACGUGCUGGUGCGCAUCAACCCGGACGGCGAGAUCCUCUACAUGCUCAGGCUCAAGCUGACCUUCUCCUGCAUGAUGGACCUGUCGAGCUUCCCUCUGGACAGCCAGGUCUGCACCAUGGAGGUAGCGAGCUUUUCGAAGACCAUAGAAGAGCUGAGCCUGGAGUGGAAGACAAUGAACCCAGUGAUCAUGGGGAAAGGACUGCGCAUGCCUCAGUUUGAAAUCGUCAAGAUUGCGGCUUCGGAUUGCCAGGAGUCAUUCCAAAUAGGGAACUACAGCUGCCUCGUGGCGGAGUUCCACCUGAGCCGCUCGGUGGGGUUCCACCUGGUGCAGAGCUACCUGCCCACCAUCCUCAUCGUGGUGAUCUCGUGGGUGUCCUUCUGGAUGGACGUGGACUCGGUGCCGGGCCGCACCACGCUCGGCGUCACCACGCUGCUCGCCGUGUCGUCGCAGUCCUCGGGUAUACAAAGUGGACUGCCACAAGUGAGUUACGUAAAAGCAAUUGACGUAUGGAUGGGCACAUGUACAGCGUUCGUGUUCUGCGCGCUGCUCGAGUUCACGUUCGUGAACUACAUGUGGCGGAAGCAGCCGGCGGCGACGCAGCCUGCCAAGGGACCAGACGCCGCCAACGGCAAGACUUCAGCCAAGAUGGCGGAGGACGACCGCGACCCGGCCAUAACCGUCACCCUGAGGAAGAGCGUGGCGGAGCUCCCGGCGACGACGCCGCCGGCCACAGACUGCCCCGGCCCGCAGAAUAACAAGAAGAUGGCGCGGCGGAUCGACGAGAUGUGCCGGCUGUUCUUCCCGCUGGCGUUCGCCUUCUUCAACGCGGUGUACUGGUCCUACUACCUGGCGUAA